AUGGAGCCUGCCCUUGAGAAGCAGCGCAGGUCCCUCCCCCACCGCCUCCGGAGCCCGAAAGGGCCGGGGCUGCUCUUGAGACGCGGCCUCAAGGACGCGGCGAGUCCGGGUGGGAGCGCCCCGACCACGACCAGGCUGGCCCCGACGGGCAACUCCCAUAACCCAGCUCUACCGCCGGCCAAACGCCUUCCCUUCCGCCCACAGCUGCCUGCCGGGCUGAGCCCCCGUCCUCGGGGCAACAUCUGGAGGCUCAACAAAAGCCUCCUGUACUCGGCUUCCAACCUCCUGGUGCUGUUAAACGACUGGAUCCUCCGCAAGGAGCUGCAGCGGAGCCUGCCUGUGUCACUGCCCCAGCAGAAGCUGCUGACCUGGCUGAGCGUGCUAGAAUGCGUGGAGGUUUUUGCAGAGAUGGGGACAGCCAGGGUGUGGGGGGAGAUGGGCCGGUGGACCAUCAUUGUCCUCAUCCAGCUGGCUAAAGCCAUCCUUCGUCUCCUGCUCCUGCUGUGGUACAAAGGCGGCAUCCAGACAUCUCCUCCCAUCGUGCCGCUGAACAGGGAGCAGCAGCAGCCUCUCCACCCCCAAGACAUGGAAGACAACUCCCUGGGGAAGGACCAGACCUAUGUUGGCAAACGUUCCAGCCGUGUUGUGCGCUCUCUCCAGAACACCCCAUCCCUGCAGUCCCGGCACUGGGGGUCUCCCCAGCAGAGGGAGGAGUCGCAGAGCCGAAGGGCAGAGGAGAUGAACCAGCCUCCCACCCCUCUGGGUCUCCAAGAAACCAUCGCAGAAUCCAUCUACAUUACCCGCCCUCUGCUCCACUUACUGAGUUUAGGAGUGUGGGGCCAGAGAUCAUGGAAACCCUGGCUCCUCUCAGCAGUCCUGGACAUCUCGAGUCUGAGCUUGCUGAGUGAUCUGCAAGACCUGAACAGGCGAGAGCGAGCAGAGCUGAGACGACGGACCCUCCUACUGCUGUACUACCUCCUGAGGUCUCCUUUCUAUGACCGAUACUCAGAGGGCAGGAUCCUCCUCCUCCUGCGCUUGUUGGCUGAUUACGUGCCUGGAGUUGGCUUUGUCACACGGCCACUGAUGGAUUACUUGCCUGCUUGGCAGAAAAUCUAUUUCUAUAACUGGGGCUGAUGAGAAGAUGAUAAUUAUUCUCUGCUAAGAUCAUGGCUGGACAUUUUUAAAGAGGGCAAGCAGGCUGGGGGAAGGGAUGUUGAUAAUAUCUAAUUUUCAGUUAAACCAUCAAUGAGAAUCUCCUGCUCUGUAGGGUGUGGGGGGGUGUAUGUAAUUUUUUUAACAGAUACAGCUGUGAGUGAUGAACACUACAUGU